CAAGCAGUUCCCGCCACCGCGCUUCCUGUUUUCACUCCGGUCCGCACGUUCCCUAUAAGAGCGAACUGCUGUCUCGGAGAUGGCAUCGGUCGGAUUCCUUUCCGUCUGUAGCCAUGUCUGGUCGGGGUAAAGGCGGUAAAGGUCUCGGAAAAGGCGGCGCCAAGCGCCACCGCAAAGUCCUGCGCGACAACAUCCAGGGCAUCACCAAGCCCGCCAUCCGCCGCCUGGCCCGGCGUGGCGGCGUCAAGCGCAUCUCCGGCCUCAUCUACGAGGAGACCCGCGGGGUGCUGAAGGUGUUCCUGGAGAACGUGAUCCGCGACGCCGUCACCUACACGGAGCACGCCAAGCGCAAGACCGUCACCGCCAUGGACGUGGUCUACGCGCUCAAGCGCCAGGGGCGCACACUCUACGGCUUCGGCGGCUGA